GGCACGCGUUCAUUUGUCACGUGAUAAGAAAAGAAAAAUGGCAGACCAACAAUAUGCUGCACAAUAUCAGACAGGAGGACAGACUGGGUAUAAUUAUGCGGGUGCAUAUGGCUCAUCCCAGGAUACCUCCGCUUAUAGUCAGCAACCAGGAGCAGCUGCUUACUCCACACAACAGGGAGGCAGUGGACAACAGGGAACUGGCUCAGGAAGUUAUGGGAGUCAGGGAGUAGCCAGCUAUGGCUCGUACGACCAGUCCUACCAACAGACGCAGCCAGGCCAGACAUCACAGGCCUCCCAGCAAUAUGGACAACAGUCAGGACAAGGAAACCAGGCAUAUGGAUCCUAUGGUCAGCAACAAUCGGGCCAACAAGGCUAUGGUCAGCUUCAGGGCCAGGGUGGAUAUGGCGGUCAGAGUGGAGGGUCAGGGGCCCAGAGCGGUUACGGCCAGAGUGGGGCUGGAGGGUAUGGCCAGAGCAGCUACGAUGGACAGAGUGGGGGCUAUGGGGGCCAGGCUGCUGGUGGUGGUGGUGGUGCUGGUGGUGGAGGAGGAAGUGGAGGCGGCGGCGGAUAUGGGAGCCAGAGAGGAGGAGGUGGCUAUGGUGGCGGGGGCGGCAGUGGUGGUGGUGGUGGUGGCUAUGGAGGAGGCCGAGGUGGUCAAGAUGGUGGUGGUGGUGGUGGCCGUGGAGGCGAUGGGGGUGGAUACGGAGGUGGUGCUCGCGGAGGAUUCAACAAAUUCGGUGGUGGUAAGUCCCCUGAUACCAGGGCGUAAUUUGUACUGAAUUUCUUUGUCCUGCUAAACGAACAGUUGUUACUUAAUACUACUGAAGGUGUUCUAUAAUCAAAACUCAAAUGAAAAAAUCUGUGUUUGUUUGUGCAAAGGUAUUAAGGUAUAGGAAUACACUGAAUAUUGACCAUUUAUGUGGUUUUAAAGAUGAGUAUGGAAAUGCAUAAUGCAGAUUAUUGUGAGGUUGUGUGUUAUCCUUGCAAUGGGUAUCUUGGGUAAAAAGUAAUCCUGUUUAUCAUAAGGCUAAAAGGUACAGAUACUUCAUUGCUGAACAAGCCCUUAGAUAUGGUAUAAAUCAAAUGCUCUGUCAUGAUUUCUGACAUCGUGGUAAGGAAAUAAGCUUAAAGAGAAGAAAAAAGUUGUAAAAUACAGUAAUAUGUGUAAUUCAUUGUUGCCCAUAGUAUGCAAAUACUUAAAAAAAAAAUAAAAAAAUAUUGACCAUGUGUUUUUAGUUGAUGUAGAUGGUCUUAAAG